AUGCGUUUGAAAACCGAACCCACGCCAGCCGAAAUGUGCCACCGAGCGAGCAACGAUUUGGGGACGCACGGUUCGACGCGCGCUUCCUUUUCGUCCCCGUCGCCAUCUUCGCUGCCGCCGUCGUCGUCGUCCGUGCCGUCAUCCUCGACCGUGAAAGCUCACCUGGCGGCCUACCUGCAGAGGCAAAGCCUCCAGGUGAAAGUGGAGAGCUCGGGGCCCAUCACGGUGCUGUCCACCCUGGCCGCGUCCGUGGGGAUGGACGGGGAGGAGGACAAGGGGGCCACGCUGUCGGGAAACUCGACCCCUGCCAAGCAGCCGCCGUCCAUCCUCAGCAGCUUCCUGGAGUCCCCGCUCAAGUACCUGGACACGCCGACCAAGAAUAUCCUCGACACGCCCACUAAGAAGGGCCAGGUGGACUUUCCUCCGUGCAGCUGCGUGGAUCAAAUCAUCGAGAAGGACGAAGGGCCCUACUACACGCACCUGGGAGCCGGCCCAACGGUGGCAGCCGUACGCCACCUCAUGGAGACGAGGUUCGGUGAGAAGGGCAAAGCCGUGCGGAUCGAGAAGGUGGUGUACACUGGGAAGGAAGGCAAAAGCUCCCAGGGCUGCCCCAUCGCCAAGUGGGUCCUGCGGCGUGCCAGCGAAGAGGAGAAGCUGCUGUGCAUCGUGCGCGAGCGUGCCGGUCACCGGUGCGAGAAUGCCGUCAUCGUCAUGGCCAUCAUGGCGUGGGAGGGCGUCAACCGGGGGCUCGCCGACCUCCUCUACAACGAGCUCGCCUCGACGCUCAACAACUACGGCGUGCCCACCUGCCGGCGAUGCAGCCUCAACGAAGACCGAACCUGCGCCUGCCAGGGCCUGGACACCGAGACUUGCGGAGCCUCCUUCUCGUUCGGCUGCUCCUGGAGCAUGUACUACAACGGCUGCAAGUUUGCGCGCAGCAAGUACCCGCGCAAGUUCAAGCUGAACGGAGAUGACAGCUCCAAGGAGGAGGAGAAGCUGGAGUCUUACCUGCAGGAGCUGGCAACCCACGUGGGGCCGGUGUACAAGCAGCUGGCCCCAGACGCUUACACUAACCAGGUGGAGCACGAGGUAUCCGCCCCCGACUGCCGCCUCGGCCUGCAGGAUGGGCGGCCCUUCUCGGGCGUCACAGCCUGCGUCGACUUCUGCGCCCACGCUCACCGCGACCAGCACAACAUGCCCAACGGCAGCACCGUGGUUUGCACGCUGACCAAGGAGGACAACCGGGCGAUCGGCGUGGUGCCGGAGGACGAGCAGCUGCACGUGCUGCCGCUCUACAAGCUGGCGGAGCUGGACGAGCACGGCGACCCCCACAGCCUGGACGAGCGCAUUCGCACUGGCGCCAUACAGGUGCUGAGGUCGUUCCCGCGCGAGGUCCGCAUGCUCGCCGAGCCCGCCAAGUCCGGUCGCAGAAAGAAAGCGGAGGCGAAGCGAGCCGCCGCGGAGAAGCAGCAAGCGGCGGCCGCGGCGGCGGCAGCGGCCGCGGCGGCGGCGGCGACGGCAUCGCCGGUUCAGCCGCACGGCCUUCCCAGUGCGGCGGGGGGCGACGUGAGGGCGGAAAGGUCGCAGGUCACGCCGGGAAAAGGCUCCAAGCAUGGCGGCGGCAUGGGCGGCAUGGCCGACGCGCAGUCCUUCACGUCGCCGCAGCACCACUCCCAGAUCCAGCAGCAGCUGCAGUUGGCCGCCCUCUCUGGCAACGGUCCUCAGCAGCUGGCGGCGGUGACGCCUCCCCUGUACCACGCGGCGGUGGACCCCCUGGGGCAGUACGCCGCGCUGCGCUAUGGCGCGCACACGCCGGUGCCCAGCCCGCACUCGGCGCUUGCCUCUCCGCACUACCAAGGCACGCCGGCCACACCGCCCUACCCGCACGCCGGGCUCUACCCGUCGCCGCAGCCGGACCCGGCCCUGCCUCCGUACCACCCCUCGUACCACCACGCCCACCACCAAGCGCAGCUCAUGGGGGCGCGGCCCACCCUGCCGCCCAUCCACACGCUCAUGCACCAGCACUACCCCUAUCCCGCGGCAGCGUCCGCGCCGUCCCCUGGCUACCACGGGUACCAGGGUGCCGCUUUCUACGGCGCCUCCCCAUUCGCCGUCUCGCCGCACUACGCCGAGGAUCCGACCAGGGCGGCGAUGGGCGGUUACGAUCUGGGCGACGAGAGGGCGCAGGCCUACCUGGCGGCCGCGGCGGCCGCGGCGUACCACCCAUCGGUGUCCCCGUGGGCCGGGCAGCUGGCGUCGUCUCCGCAUGCCCACCACUCGCACCACCCGCACCACGCGCCCGGCGGCGGCUACCACCUGCAGCAGACGCAGGGCACGACGACGGAGCUGCCGCCGCCGCCCCCCCACGUGGCGUCCUCGCCGCUCAAGGUCGGCAGGGACGAGGCCACGCCGACCAAGAGGGUCAACGGGGUCAUCAAGGGAUUGGGCGUUGCCGAGGGCUGCCACCAGAAAAUGGGCGACGGUGCGCACGCGGCGCAGGGUGCCGCCUCCCAGGUGGGCGCCGCUCACCAGGACGACCAGGAGGAGGUAUGGUCGGACAGCGAGCAUAAUUUUUUGGAUCGGGAAAUUGGCGGCGUGGCCAUCGCUCCCGCGCACGGCUCGGUGCUCAUCGAGUGCGCCAAACGCGAGCUGCACGCCACAACGCCGCUCAGGAAGCCGAACCGCCGCCACCCGACGCGCAUCUCCCUGGUCUUUUACCAGCACAAGAGCCUCAAUGUGCCGCGGCACGGCCUUGCACUAUGGGAGGCCAAGAUGGCCGACAAAAAAGCCAAACGAGAAGCGGCGGAGAUGGCCGAGCUGGAGUCUGCCAACCACCCGGCGGCCGAGGGGGGCGGCGGCGGCGGCGGGGGGCGGCGGCGGCGGCGGCGGCGGCGGCGACGUGCCGGCGGCACCGUCCGCCGAGACCCCCGUCAGCCGGGCGCCCUCCCCAUCCUCGUUGUCGUCGUCGGCGGCGGUGGCGGCGAAGAGGGUCAAGGUGACCGAGGUGAAAGAAAACGUGCUGGACUUCCUGGACUUGCCGCCGAUCUCGUACGCGAUCAAGGAGGGGAUCCCCACGCUGCGCGCGCUCUCGCACGCCACCUGUUCCGUGACGACGGCGCACUCCAAGCCCUGCACGCACCUCUCCGGGAACUACUCUCACUUCGUGUGAGCGGUGUGGGGGGGGGCACCGCGGGGGGGCACCGCGGGGGGGCACCCCGUGGCGGCACGCGUCCGCUCGCGUUUCACCGAUGUCCGCGCCGGCUCGUCAGAUUCGUCGCCGUUUUUUUUAUCAACAAAAAUACACACGUGCACGAACACACAAACAAAAACAUUCUCUCAAGUUUCUCACAGGUUGCUGUACAAGUAUUGAAUUACUGGUUGUAAAACUGAAUCUCUUGCAAAACGUAAAAAUGGCAGCUUUAGCCUGGAGUCGGCAUCGACUUCUGAACGGCAGCUAACAACGAGACUCAUUGGCACGCGACGUGGCACCACUGCAGAAGCAAAACAACAACAAAAUUGUUUAAAAUGUAAGAAAAAAACUUCAAAUGUGUUUUAUUUCUCGGGGAUGGUGUCACCGCGUCACGGGUGCUUUGUGCGUUUUUUUUAUUGUAUUUUUUACAUUCGGUUUCUUUCACAUCGAGGAGCCUCCUCCUCACUUUGGGCUUUCGCCACAAUUCAGGGGUGGAGUGGGGUGGGGGAAAUGUUUCGGAAUUACGGGAGAAAAAAAUUAACCCGUAAAAAAAGUUUUUCACUAUAAAUCCUUUAUAUGCGUGGCGGCUAGAGUCCUCUCGUCCUCUGGCUUGAGAUGGCUGCCACCUACGGGUCAGAUGAUUGCCUGCCACCAUUAAGCAAUUGGUAAUUAAAUAUAAUUUUUUUUUCCUAAAAAGUGUAAAGUUAUGGAAAAACAAUUUCACGAAAAGAAAUUGUCACGCACAACGAGUCUGUGUGCAAAAUGUCGAUUGGAUCACGGGAAGUGGGUUAAAAAACGACCGAAAGAUUUGCACGGUCGCAAGCAAGCAAGUGAACUUAAUAUAGAGGAUUUAAAAAUGAUUCAAUCCUUGCAGGCGAAGGCGGCCUAGGAAGAGCUAUAUCUGCAGCCUCGAGUCUCGCGACUCCAUCUGGGUCAUUUAGCGUCCCCCCACGCAGGCUUCCUGAAAGAUAUGCAACGAUUCCGUCGCGGCAAAUUACAAACCCGGCGUGAAGUAAUCGCACCAGCUGAUUUAACAACCUCCGCCAAAAACUCAUUGGGAAACGUGUCUAAUUGCAAGCUUACUACUGUACGGUCCCAAUUACAAAACAACAAUACCUUUUUAAAAUACACCAGCAAUUAAACUGCAGACAGAUGCUGCGGGGAAUGCGAAUGAGGCCACGGUUGUUGUUGUUGGUGAUGGUGGUGGCUGCGCCUACGAAGCUGCCGUUGCAAGCGGUGGCUGGUGGAUAGAUUUCGGUGCUGGUUGCUUUGUGAUGAGAGCAAGAGAGAGUGGGGCUCUUCCUGGCCAUGCCUGCCAGGUACAAGAUUUGGCUUCUAUCAAAAGGAUCUCCUCCUCUCCUGUGAGCUGACGAUCUAUUUCGACCGCCCAUUCUGAAUCGCAAAGUGACGGUGUUGCCAGUGAACGAAACGAAACAAAUUCUACAACUGCAACCAAUAUUAAGACCUGCUUUAAACGUGAAAUGUCUUUAAAAAAACACACACGUCGGAGGUGACAUUUUAAACCACCCGAUUCCACGCAGCGGUGCUUAACGGGGACGAGGGUUACGGCGGGGACGGGGUGCUACGUUUGCCGGUGCUCGUGCGGAGUCGGGAAUGCCGAGUUUUCGUGGUUCUAUGCAAGCGAGGCGUUGGGUGUAGCCGUGUUGGGGGGGGCGGUGGGGUGUGGGGAAGGCGGUGGGGGGGGCCGUGCGCUCACAUCGAUCGCUGCCAACCCCCCCCCCACGCUCCUGGUGCUGCCUCGUGCCUUCGAGGUUCACAGGCUCCCACUUACCCCACCAUCCCCCCCCACCUCUGUCACCCGCGGGUGUUACUUCACUUCUCCGUCAUCACCGUCGGCGGUCGUCAUCAUCAUCAUCGGCCGAGAUUGCCAAGCGUCUGUUUUCAUUAUGUUUUAUUUACUGUAGGCGACGGCGAUUAUGACGUCUACCGGUCAACAACGGUCAUCGCAAAGUGUGUGACGCAACAAAACUCUGGUGCUGAUCGGUCACUUUUGAAGUUGGUUUACAUCAAUCCGGUGCGUUUUUAUUGGGUGUGCGGUUUGCGUGUUUUACCUUUAGCCUAGAAGACUUCUUUUUUGUCGUCGGUGAGGUGGGGUUUUUUUUUUACACAUGUAAAAUUGCAUAUAAUAAUGAUAUUGUGAUUUUUUUUUUUACUAUGUUUUGUCGAGGGAUUUUACGAUUUUAAAGCAAAACAGGCACGUAAACGUUGCUAAUUAGGGUGUUGUGCGUGCGUGCGUUACAAGUAAGCGUAUAUUGGGAUUUUCUAAGAUUUCUCGAGUUUGCUGGAUGCUAUUGGUGCUCAACAUCACAGGGACUUUGACUUGAGGAGUUUCGCGACACUGUCUAGAAGAACUGCGUUCAUUACAAAGCGAUUUUAAUUUACGUUCAGUUGGCGGGGGGGGGGGGGGGGGG